GCAAGGCAAAUGGAGGCACAGACAGCAGACAGCUGUCUUGGGAAAGAGUCCUGAUUUCCUCUGCGGCUUCUUCGGGCUGCUCCUUCUGUGCUACAGUGAUGCAAGCAGGGACGAAGUCCGCUUCCCCAGUCCUUUGCAGCAGCCGCCACCUGCCGCAGCCCUCGCUUGUGCCCCCGGCUCGCAGUCACGCGUGAAGGUUACACAGCGAUGACACUACUUGGAGAAAGCCCGAGCGGCCCUGCCGGCUGGGACUCUGCCGCCGGAGGCACCCACGCGUGUAGGGAGCGGACCGGGCGGGUGGGCUCUGGCUGCGGGAGCCGCUGCCGCCGCCGGUCCCCGCCCCUCCGCCGCCCGCCCUGGCCCUUCCGUCUUGACUCGCUCGCCGCAGCCCGCCGAGGAGAGAGAGUGAAGAUGAGCAGUGAAGAGAUUCUUGUGUAUGCAGUGAAAUUAGGAGAAAACUUCUGCCUCUAUUUUGAAGGGCUGGAAUGUGAUGCCUUUUGCAAGGAAAAAACUCUCCAAGGAUUCCUUCGAAAUGUAAACAGCCAACUGCUUGUGGCUCGACCAGACAUGAAUUGUGCAGCUUUUGAAGACGUGACAGAUCAGGAGAUUAAAUCUGGCAAUGGGAUGCAAUUCAACAUCCACUGCUACAAAACUACCACCCCCUCAGCAGGGAUGCCUGUUGCAUUCAGCGUCCACGUAGCUGAUAAAAGUUAUUACCUAUGCUGUGAGAAAGAAUGUGGGAAAAUGAUGGUUCGCUUUAGGGAAGGGAAAGUUCCCGAAGAUAUUCCUGGUGAAAGCAAUAUCAUCUUUUUCAAAAGGAUGUUUACAUCUUGUAGUUCUGCAGCAUUUAAGUUUGAAUACUCCCUAGAACGAGGAAUGUUCCUGGCCUUUGAGGAAGAGGGAAGCUUAAGAAAACUAACCCUAAAGAAACUGUCGAGAGAAGAUGAAGUGGAUGAAACCAUGAAGUUAAGUUUCUAACUUCAGCCAGGACAGAAGUCACAACCUGUGAUGUGCUUCAACAAUCUUAAGAUAUGUUUUGGUUCUUUAUUAAUAAAAUCAGAUGAUGCCAA